AUGUUUACCCAACGUCAUUCUCAUAGUCACGCAGGAAGCCAUGAUGAAGCCAGCUUAGCGGAGGCAUCCUCGAGUGCAGCCUGGUGGGCUCAGUGGGACCCAAACACAGUGACGAUUUGGGAUGACACUGUGCCAACUUCGUGGAAAAAAUGUGCUUUGGAUGGCGUGUAUUUUGGAGGAAGCGAAUAUCAAGGAAGCCUUAAUGCGCGUAUUUCAUCCAUCUUCGUGAUCCUUUUCGUCAGUACUUCUUUUACGUUGCUGCCAGUAAUCUUUACGAAAGUCAAAGGCAUCAAGGUCCCAAAAGCCUGUUACCUAUUUGCCCGUUACUUUGGUACUGGUGUUAUCAUUGCAACCGCGUUUAUUCAUCUCAUGGAACAUUCCUAUAUGUCCAUUGGUAGCAAUAGUUGCGUCGGUUCAAGCGGCAGAUGGGCUGACUACUCUUGGUGCUCGGGGAUCGUACUCACAACAGUUUUUGUCGUAUUUCUUGUUGAUUUAUUGAGCGAAGUGUACAUUGAGCGGAAAUUUGGUAUCUCUUGUUCUCACGGCGACUUAGUUGAAGGUGCAAUUUCCGAUAAUAAUCCCAGAUUAAAAGAAAACGAUGCAGAGACCGGAUCUCCCGUGAUUUCAAAUAAGGACGAUGUGAGCUACGACGUGGUGUCCGGCGUAAAUUCGGAAAUAGCUGUAAAACCAUUUGAAUCUCAAAUAGGGGCCUUCUUGGUGAUGGAGUUUGGUAUAAUUUUCCAUUCUGUCAUGAUCGGGCUUGAACUUGGGACUACAGGCGAAGAGUUUUCCAUAUUGUACCCUGUAAUUGUGUUUCAUCAAUCUUUUGAGGGUCUGGGAAUUGGUGCGAGACUUAUUUCUAUAGCAUUUCCUGAGGGCAAAAAAUGGUGGCCCUAUGCUUUGUGCAUACUUUAUGGGGCAACAACUCCAAUCGCUAUCGCCAUAGGCUUAGGAGUAAGAAUGUCUUAUAAUGCUCAUUCCUUUAAAAUGAGUAUUAUUUCUGGAGUCCUUGAUGCCAUCGCUGCUGGAAUCUUGAUCUACACUGGACUCGUGGAACUUUUGGCAAGGGAUUUCAUGUUUGAUCCAAACAGGACCAAAAACUUGAAGAAGCUAACAUUCAUGAUUAUUUGUACUUUUUCUGGUGCUGGCUUGAUGGCGUUGCUUGGCAGAUGGGCUUAA